AUGGGCAAAUCCAGGUACCGCAGCUUGACCAUAGGCGAGGAAUUCGCCUCAUUGGCGAAAGUGCUUAUGCUCACUGCGGACGAUGCGGCCAAGUGUCUGAAAGCUCUGAAGACCAAAUUGUCCGAGUUUGAUCGUCUCCAUCACAACCACCUUCUAACCGGAGCCAAAGCGUUCAUGCAAAGUGACAUGCGAAAGGCCAAGUCCACGUCAGCGGAGCUGAGGAGUGUGGCCCAGCAGAUACACAAGAACCACUACAAACCUUCGAAAACGGACGUGAAAGCUGCUUACAGCAUGAUGAAUAGCACGGCAAAGUCGAUGGACCUCUUGGUUGUGACGGCACACAACUACGAUACAAAAGCUGAGCAUCAGUUGAGAAGAGUCAAAGGUGCAGACGCCGUGGCUGCGGAUCACAAAGGUGACAAAGGUGAUCAAUGUGACGAGAGGGACAACCCGGCAGGAUACUGCAGUGGUAAUGACACUUUUCAGCACUCCGACGACACUGUCGAAAUGCUCGUGAGGACGACGCUCCGUCACAACUUCAACCUCAACGACUUGAGCUACCAAGCCAGUGCUGCCGAGACAGCGUUGAUGUCAUUCACCAUUGUCGAUCGUGCCAAAGAGGUGGUGCAUGUUGUGAAGGAUAAGCUCAAGGGCAAGUCGAGUCCGACCUACAAUAGUACCCAUCGAUCUGUAACCUCAUUGAUGGACGUUUAA